ACGAGGACACCACUAUUGACAACUUUUAACUCAUGAUGUUUUCAAAUAUGUGGUUUUUAAUAUGUUUUCUUAUGAUGAUGGUCACGGUUGAUACAAAGAUGGUCUCGUAUUCAAACAAAAUUCCCAAUUUCGGAGAAAGUUUAUCGGAGACGAGGAAGACAUUUCGAAAUGGACACGAGAUGGGGGACAACCAAAGACGCAAUGAUAAAGAUAAGAUGUCUACCAAAGAUAAAGGAUUUGAACUAUUGUUCACCACAAAUGAAGACGAAUAUGAAGAUUUUGAGGUAACAGCUGAGCGCCCAAUACCUACCUGGUUGAGGGGAACGCUGGUUCGAAAUGGACUUGGACGUUUUGAAAUCGGACCACGGAGAUUCAUCCACGCAUUUGAUGCCUACUCAAAAAUCACGACCAUAAAGUUUACUCAUAAUGGAAAGAUAAAAUUUUCCUCGAAGUUUUUAAGAAGUGAGGGAUAUUCAAAGUCGAUUGAUAACGACAAUGUGUACCCCUACCUCACAUUCGGACCAGUCGAACCACCAUUUGGGUAUUUUGAAAGUGCACAGGCGCUGUACAAUGGUGUGGACAAUACCAACAUUAACAUAUACAGCUUUGGUAAUGGUUCCGCUAAAGAAACUGUAACUCUUAGUGACUUCUGGGUUAAUUACAAGAUAGACACAGGCGAUCUUUCGAAAGCGGAAAAGAUUGACGCGGACAUUGACAUCAAUAAACUGAGUUUCAUUCCUCUUUUAUCAACAGCGCAUCCAUUGCCGGAAUAUGGAACGUCAAAUGAUAUCAUAAUCGCUUCAAGUUUUGGAAUCUUUCCUGGUCGUUCAAACAAGCUUCACGUCGUUCGAAUCAGAUCAUCCGGGGACAGGGAAGUAAUCACUAGCAUUGACGUUGAUAACGUUCACUACGUUCACUCAUUCGCCGCCACAGAACGUUACGUCAUAAUAUUUGCCAAUCCUGUGUACGUUAGCGUUGCGAAUAUUCUAAAAUCAUUCAAUGCAAUGGGCAGCUUAGACUGGCACAAGGACAAGCAAACUGACGUUUACGUCGUGAAAAUCAAAGAUGGUCAUGUCACAAAACUACAAACAGAACGUGCGUUCAAUUUACAUCACGUCAAUGCGUAUGAAACACGAAGCGGCAAGAUCAAAGUUGAUGUGAUAACAUACCCAGAUAUCAACUCCAUCAAACAAUUUACAGUUGACACACUAAGUGACAGAAAUAAAAGGAACCAAAUCCGCGCAAACAAUGUGUUAAAGAGGUACACGAUAGACUUAAAGCUUGGACGGGUGGUACCUUACACGUUCGGGAGCAAUAUAAAGCGUAGCAAAAUGGGGUCAGUUAAUAGACUUGAUAUGCCAGUAAUAAAUGAGAAAUUCAGACACCAUAAAUAUUGCUAUAUUUAUGGGCAAGCAAUGAAAAAUGACGGCAUUAACUUAAGUGACAUAUCAUUGGUUAAGAAAGACGUUUGUGGAGGAUCACGUGAUGCCGUUUGGAGCAUGAACAAUCACUAUCCUACAGAACCUUGGUUUGUUCCAAAUCCAUCCAAUGAGAUCGGAGGGUCAUCUGAGGAUGAUGGGAUAAUCAUGAGUCUCGUUCUAGACGGUGAAAAAGAAAAAUCAUAUUUAUUGAUCCUAAAUGCGAAAACCAUGAAGACAGUGAACAAAAUAUAUUUACCCACACCUGUUCCUUUGACAAUACACGGACGUUUUUUUCCAAAUGAAUAAGUGAAUAACUGAAUAAUCUAUUGUUCUCAUACUUUUUCAGAACUGGGAGAAAAUAUAAUAAGUCAAACAAAAUAAGUCAGAACAUGUUCUGUGAUUUUUGAAGAUAAAAUGGACUUAAGAGAUUUCAGCUGAGCAAGUUUUGAAAAUUCACCCGAUCACAAGGAACAUAGAAAAUUGGUUGCACUCUACAUUUUGGCCAAUCCAGAGAGCGUUCCUUGUAUGCAAGUUUUAGUGUUCAGCAUUUGUGUAUGGAAGGGACUAGAUGUUAUGGAGAAGAAUUUUAAGUGACGUCUCCUUUG